AUGGCAAGAGACAUCCUCUUCUUCAACCACCGCCCACUUCCUUUCUCCGGCGCCAGCGCCGCCGUCAUCGUCGGGACCCUCCUCCUGUCGGGAUUCGCCCUCUUCAUGUGCGCCAGCCACUCCCGCCGCUGGCGUCGAUGGAAAGCGUGCUACGACGGCUACGGGACCCAGGAACCCGUCAUCGAACUCAAUUCCGAUGACACUAUCAUCGGUUACCCAUUCGGAGAGGACGUCGACCCGAUCACUUACAGCGGUGAAGGAAACCCGGUUUGGAAGAAGAACAUACUCAUGGGAGGUAAGUGCCAGCUCCCCGAUUUUUCAGGUGUCAUCAUCUACGAUUCCGCCGGGAACGUCGUUGGUCCGGGGUCGAGCAAUCGGACAGCCCUGCCGGCGCUUCCAUGGAAGUGA